GGAGACCAUACCAACUGAUUAGACAGAGUGAAAACCAUACCAGCUGAUGAGACAGACUGCUCUGUGAGUGGAGACCGCUGCCCAUGCGUCCAGCACCUCCGAUGGAGAGCUGCAUAGAGAGACUGUUUGCACUCACAGCGAGGGGCAUGAGAGCUGCACACAGGUGAGAGUGUCUGCUUCAGAAAACACUGGCCAGCUGCACAAUCAAGAGGUUCUUUUUAAUGAAGGCGUGUGGGUGCUUUGGUGAGGGAGAGGGUAUGUGCGUCUGAGGGUGAGUGUGCACUCAUGCCAUUGAUCCCAUGGCACAAUCCUGCACGAAAGCACAGUUGUUGGUUCUGAAAACCAAAGUGGACCCAGUGUAAAUGGGAGCAGUCCUGGAAUUGGAGGAGUAAUCCUGUGGUCCAGAGAGGGAAGGAUGUCAUCUGGAUAUUGAGGUGUGCAUUCCUCUACAUACCAUACUAUGGAUACUGGUUGUAUUGUAGUGCUGGAAAGAUAUAGGAGGCAAAUCCUACUCAAACUGCAUCUUCUUGUAUGACCAAAGAUACUUUAUUUAGUUUUAUUUUUUUACCCAUAACUGGGAGAUGGAAUGGACACUCACUUAAUGUGAGGUGACACUCAGCAAAAUAGUCACUGAGAACAUCUCUGGUUUCCACACAUAGCUCUCCUUACUUGCUCUUUCUAAACAGCAUUGCUGUACUGCUCAAUCUCUUGCAGUUUUUUUGGAGUUAUUUUACAUUUUCACAAUGGAGCCUUGGAGACAGUGUGCCCAGUGGUUGAUACGAUGCAAGGUGCUACCACCCCACCACAGGGUUACCUGGGACACAGCUCAGGUGUUUGACCUGGCACAGACCCUCCGGGAUGGUGUUCUACUAUGCCAACUGCUUAAAAAUCUGAUGCCCAACUCAAUAAACUUGAAGGACAUCAAUUUACGUCCACAAAUGUCCCAGUUUCUGUGUUUGAAGAAUAUCCGGACAUUUCUGUGUGUUUGCUGCGAUGCAUUUGGAAUGAAGAAAAAUGACCUGUUUGAAGCUUUUGACUUAUUUGACGUGCGGGAUUUUGCAAAGGUCAUUGAAACUUUAUCUAAGCUCUCCCACACAUCCAUUGCACUUACUGUCUGUAUAAGGCCUUUCCCCACAGAGGAAAGCAUUCAAGAUGAAGAUAUCUACAAAUCUCUUCCUGAUUUACUUGAUGAAUCUGGGGUGGGCGAUGAUGAAGAGCUGUAUUAUGACUGCGUGUACACAGAAGAUGAAGGUGGUGAAGUAUAUGAAGACUUGAUGAAGGCAGAAGCUGCUGUUCCUAACAGAAACGCAGAGAGUGAUGUCCGGAGCUGCUGUCUUCUCGAAAUAAAGCAGACUGAAGAGAAAUACUCAGAAACUCUAGAAUCCAUUGAGAAGUUCUUCAUGGAGCCCUUGAAAAAAUUCUUGCCAGCAACAGACAUGCAAAAAGUAUUUAUUAAUAUCAGUGAGCUGGUAAAAGUACACAGGAGUCUGAUGAUGGAGAUUACCGAUUCAAUCAACCACAGAAACAGCCUGAACCUUCACAUGGUCUUCCUGACAUACAAGGAGAGACUUCUCAUCUAUGGGGAAUACUGCAGCCACGUGGAAUCUGCCAUUUCAGACUUGGAUAAUAUUUCUAAGACCAGAGAAGAUGUGAAAUUAAAACUAGAGGAGUGUUCGAAACGUGCGAACAAUGGAAAGUUCACUCUCCGAGACCUCCUGGUUGUUCCUAUGCAGAGAGUUCUAAAAUAUCAUUUGUUACUCCAGGAGCUUGUGAAACACACUACUGAUCCUACGGAAAAGAACAACCUGCGCGUGGCACUGGAUGCAAUGAAGGAUUUAGCACAGUACGUCAAUGAGGUGAAGAGAGACACAGAAACACUGAGGGAAAUUGACCAAUACCAGCAUUCCAUUGAGAACUUGAAUCAAUCCCUAUCACUGUUUGGAAGACCAAAGGUGGAUGGAGAAGUUCGGAUCAGUACACUGGACAAGUGGGCCCGUCAGGACCGGUAUAUAUUCCUGUUUGAUCAAGCCGUCAUUGUGUGCAAGAGGAGAGGUGACAAUUAUGAAAUGAAGGAAAUCAUAGAUCUACAGAAAUACAAAAUUACUAACAACCCAAGUACAGACAAAGAAAACAAAAAGUGGUCGUAUGGUUUUUUGCUCACACACGUGCAGGGACAGAACGGCUUUCAAUUUUACUGCAAAACUAGAGACCUGAAGAAAAAAUUGUUAGAACAGUUUGAGAUGGCCCUCUCCAAUAUUCGCCCAGUGGAUGCAACGGCAAAUUGUCACGAGUUCAAAAUGAACACGUUUGAUCGCGUUACGUCCUGCCGUGUUUGUCAGAUGCUUCUCAGGGGGACUUUCUUCCAAGGUUACCUGUGUCCGAAGUGUGGUACUGGAGCCCACAAAGAGUGCCUAGGCAGAGUGGAAACAUGUGGGCGCGGAGAUUCUGCCAAUGCCAAGUUAGGGACGGAAAAUGGACCCCGGAAGACAGUCAAAUACAAAGAUCCAGGUUUGCCAAAGAUGCAGGUUAUUAGAAAUUAUUGUGGAUUGCCGCCACCCUCUGCGUUUGAUGGGCCACCUCUUUGUAUAUAUGCAGGAGACAUCAUUGAAGUAAUGAAAGCUGAUGCUCAUAGCGUAUUUUGGCAGGGCAGAAAUCUAUCCACUGGAGUUUUGGGCUGUUUCCCAAGUGAUGCAGUUAAACCUUGCCCGUGUGUACCAAAGCCUGUGGAUUAUUCUGAUCAGCCCUGGUAUGCAGGAGCAAUGGAGAGAGUGCAAGCAGAAUGUGAACUAACGAACAGGGAGAACAGUACCUACCUCAUUCGAUUAAGGGCAAAGGAAAGCGGAGAGUACGCAAUCAGUAUUAAGUAUAACAACGAAGUGAAGCACAUCAAGAUAUUAACGAGAGAUGGCUUUUUCCACAUAGCAGAAAAUAGGAAAUUUAAAAGUUUAAUGGAGCUAGUAGAGUAUUAUAAACAUCAAUCUCUUCGAGAAGGAUUCAGGAGUUUGGAUACAACUCUACUCCGUCCCUAUAAGGCUCCAGAAAUUCAAGCUGGGCAAACAAGCAACCGAUCAUCAGGGAUGUCAACGUCUGUGCUGUGUGGGUUUGCUUUUGUAACUGAGCCUGAGUACAGCUUUCUGCCCCCCUCCACCGCUCCCUUCUGGUCAGUUCUCAGCCCCAAGAUUUUAGGUAUUGCCAUUGCUCGAUAUGAUUUUUGUGCACGAGAUAUGAGGGAAUUGUCCCUCUUCAAGGGUGACGUGGUGAAGAUCUACACAAAGGCUGGAACAAAUGGCUGGUGGAGAGGAGAGUCUAAUGGGAAGGUUGGUUGGUUUCCAUCCACAUACGUAGAAGAAGAUGAUUGAGUGCAAUAUAGAGUAAUUGCAGAGUACGACACUGAAUAGGAGAUCCAGAAGCUGGAGAAUGUGUGCAUUUAAAAAUAUUCUGCUUACAACAGAAGGACAUCUCAGAAGAACAUGUCAGAAGGCUAUUGUCACUGCAUUUUACUGUAUACAUUGGUAGUGCAGUCCCCAAAGCUGCCAUAGAACUCAUGAACAUAAAUUGCAGCUUUGGUCAACAGGUGAUCAAGAGGUCUUUAAGAACAGUGGUUUAUCUGAGCCGCGAUCGAAGAUACGCUUCUCUUGUAGCCAGGGUGGUCUGAGUCUGCCAUAGUCCCAUUUUAAACAUGCAGUGCAAUUGAAGACAAUACUCUUAUCCUAGAGAGUCUGCUAUUAACUUGCCUACCUGAUGCUAUAUUGCGAUAUUCAGAUGCCAUCUUUGAUAUAUACCAAGACUUUUUCAAUGCAUCCAGCAGAACUGGUACACCAGAAACACACUGCCAUUUCACUAAUGGUUUGCAAUCUUCAACUGUAAAAUUACAAGUGGAAAUUAUUUUGUGAAGUAUAUUUAAUUCUAUGUUUAUGUUGUACAAAAACACUUAUUUUUUCCCAAAUUUGGUUAUAAAUGUACAUUUUAUUCCUGCUUUUUAAUUUACCGCUACUUCUAAAGAGACAAAAAAAAGUUUUAGUUUGGAUCAUGAUCCCUCUGAGAUAGGUAUUAAAGUCUGAUCACCCUUGUUCUUUUUGCACUGAUAUUUUCUAUGUCCUGUUUGAUGUCAUUUUAAAAACGUUGCAUUCAAUGGGCUUUCUGUAUGGACAGGCAUAUGUGCACAUUAUAUUACUCUCUUUAAAGUCCAAAGAGAAAAGUAAACCGUAAGGUCAGGUCUGUAAAUGGCUAUUGAUUCAAUUGAAAACGUCCGCUGUAAAACUGCUAGAAAACAAGUUUAAAAAGUAUGCAUAUAUACGCAGUAAUCGUAAUAUCCAUGAAUUAUGAUGAAACUGCAAAUUUCAAUCACAGUGCGAUAUAGAUGAAGAGUUUGCAUUUCCACAUUUAAUAAUAUUUGCUUGUAACAUACAAAUUCUGGACAGUCUAUGGAAUCAUGUCAGUGUUGAAAUGUUAAAGAGUUCUAUAUUUUUAAGUGUCCAUAUAAUUUGGGUAAUGUCUUACGUAGACGAGGUUUGCAGGGUUCUUGUUUCAAUGUCCUGCGUGUUAAAACUCUUCAAAGUUCCUGAUGCGUGUUCAGUGUUAGCUUUCUGUGUAUGCUCAUUGCACCUUGUUCUAUAGAUACAUUUAUAAAAAGAAGAAAUUAUGAAAUGUAUUUGUCUCAUUUUACUGUGCAAACCAAAAACAAAAAAAAACAUAAAGCUAUUGCUUAAUAAAUUGUUCCCUACUUCUUCAUAA